AGUCUUGUUACAGGAAGAGGCAGAGUUCAGCAACAGCAGCCAUUUUAGCCUAACUUACCAAACAUUACACUGUUUUCACCUCAGUGAUGGACAAAGACAAUUAAUCUUCUUCUGCUAUUUCUUCGAGGCUGGUUGACUGGAAAAAAGGGCCAUGGUGACGCUAAAUCAUCUGAGUGUAGAGGAUCCAGACGAUGGCUCUCCGCUGUUACCUGUGGCUGCAGAGACACCCACACUCACACCUGUCAGCCACAGACAGCGAGUGAUUCCGAAGAUGGAGUCCAGGGAUUUUUUCCUCAGUAGGAAAGCGAAUCUUGCCUCGAGUCUGCUCGUGUUAAUGGGAUGCUACUUGGUGAUACUGAUCCCUGCAUAUUUUCCCAUGGAUAAAAUGACAGCUGACAGUGACGACCACCAGUACCCCAAAGAUCUGGUUUUACUGAAUCAUUCUGCCUCCCUGCUGUCACAUCCUUGUCAGCCUCAUUGGUGUUUGAACCACCUGAAGCCCUUGUCCUUUUCCAAACGUCUCCUGGACAUUCCAGUUUUCGUGCAGCAGGGUCGACCAGCGGAAUGGGCCCUGGGGCCUCCUCUAGGGCUGCAUGGCAGCGAGGAGCACCUGGCACUGACGCUUGCUUCAAUGCCUGAACCUGGCCUGCCGCCAUCACUAAAGACAAAAGACAGCUGCAGGCGGUGUGUGGUGGUGGGAAACGGGGGUGUUCUGCAAGGAAGCCAUCUUGGACCCCAUAUAGAUCAGUACGAUGUCAUAAUCAGAAUGAAUAAUGCUCCAGUGGUUGGAUUUGAAAGAGAUGUAGGGUCACGGACAACCAUUCGUCUGAUGUACCCAGAAGGAGCACCUCAUUCUGCCAAUGAGUACAGAAAGACCUCUAUGAUUGCUUUGGUUGUUUUUAAAAGUCUGGACCUGGACUGGCUCACCUCUGUCAUCACCAAAAAGCCUCUGAGUUUCUGGUCCAAAAUGUGGUUCUGGAGGGAGGUGGUGGAUGAUAUUCCACUGAGUCCAGAGAGCUUCAAGAUCCUCCACCCAGAGAUUAUUCACAAGACAGGACAAGUUUUACAGAAAUAUACUCUAAAACAGGGGAAUAUGAAUCCCACGUUAGGUGCCAGUGCCUUGGUGAUGGCUAUGCAGCUGUGUGACCAGGUGAGCUUGGCCGGCUUUGGAUACAAUAUGCAACACCCAGAGGCCAGGCUUCACUAUUAUGAGGCAAUACGCAUGGAUGCCAUGAAAGCUCAAGUGGUACACGACGUCAGUGCUGAAAAACUGUUCCUGAGGGAUCUGGUGGCUGCAGGAGCUGUAACUGACCUCACAGGAGCUCUUUAACUUAAGUACAGAGAAUUCAAUCAUGAAGUGAUUAGACUCGUCACAACUGUGACAAAUACAAGAAUGUUUUCAUGAGUUAAAAUAAAUGUGCGCUCAGACAUAAAGUAAAACUAUGAAGACUAUUUUUUGUGCAAAAAC